CUCUCCUCCAGCCACUACAAAUCCUCAAUUCCCCAUUUCAUUUUGGAGUUUGCCCACUAUAAAUUUCUUUACUCAGUUUUUGCCCAUUGAAAAUUUCGUCAAUUAGUUUUUGUUUAUGGCGAUUUUACUUUUUCAAAAUUAUUUAAUUAUCUUGGUCUACAUAGGAAGUGCAUUGUUCUCUUCUACUUACAUUAGGCAUAUAUAUACACUCUUUUGUUCUUCUUUAUGUGAAGAAUUAACAGAACAAAACAGAUCAAGAAAAUGAUGAGUGUACAAUGGCACAUUUACUUGUUCUUUUCUCUUUUCUAUCAUCUUUUCUUAUAAUACGUCUAUGAAACAAAAUGACCUGUGUCCUCUUCCGUCCUGUUUAGCGUCUUCUUUCUUAUUUCAUACUAGUAUAUCGUAACAAAAGACGAAAGAAAAAAAAGAACAAAUAUAUAUACGCUACGCUGCUUUGCAGUUAUCAUUUUUUUUGUUCUGUUUUAAAAGACAUUCAUACUAAGGUAUGUCGAAUUCAAAGCGAUCUAAUACAUUGUUAAGCUACAAUUUUUCUUCAAAAAAAUUCGUGGUGACACUGAAAUUUCAACAUCAAAUUCAAAUACAGUUGCAGCUGCGACAAUUAGCACGAAUGAGGAUUCUAAUUUGUUUUUAUCAAAUGAUCCUGAAGACUUAGAUUAUAUAACUGACGAAGCUAAUUUUGGGGUGGAAAGUAAUGAACUUAAAGUAAUCGAUUCUCGACCCGACACCAAUAAGAAUGAUAUUGGUUAUUAUUUAUUCAAUAAAUUACCAAUUGAUGAUUAUUUAAAAUAUUCUCUAUUAACAAAUCAUUUUAAACCCAAUGGAAAAUAUUCGUUUCCAAUUUUAUAUUCUGAUGAUAAUAAACAUUCUCGACGAUUUUUGAUCAAUUGGUUAAACAAUUAUUCAUUUCUUGUUUAUUCACCAUAUAUUGAAGGUAGUUAUUGCAUAAAUUGUAUAUUGUUUCGCAACGUGCAAGGGCAAAAAUUAGAAUUAUUUGUUGAUACACCCUGUCAUAAAUACAAGCAUUUGAAACAUUUCAGUACAUCAUGGAAAAGUCAUAUUAAUUCUCAAUUUCAUCAGAACUCAACAAUUGCUACAGAUAAUUUUAUACGUACGUAUAAAGAUCCAUCGUUAUCAAUUUCAUCAUUAAUUGAUAAAAACAGAUUUGACAAAAUCAAUCGUAAUAAAACAAUAUUAUUAUCAAUCAUUAAAAUAAUAAUUACAUGUGCACGUCAAAAUAUUCCCAUUCGUGGCCACUGUGAAGAAACAAUAAAUGAUAUACGAAAAAUUAUUAAUGGUAUUGAUUCUCAUUCUGGCUCAAAUUUUAUUGCAUUAUUAAAACAACGUAUUGAUGCUGGCGACGAACUCCUUCGUGAUCAUAUAGAACACGGACCCAAGAACGCAUUAUACAUAAGUUCAUUGGUUCAAAAUGAAAUUAUUGAUUGUAUACACAAAUAUAUUUUAAAUGAAGUUUUACAUCGAGUGAAAAAUUGUUUAUUCUCAAUUAUUGUUGAUGAAACCACAGACACAUCAACCGUCGAACAAUUAAAUCUUUCAAUACGAUAUUACGAUAAUAAAACACAUGAUAUAAGAGAAGACUUUUUAGCAUUUAUAGAAACUAUUUCGUGUACUGGUGAAACAAUAGCUAAUGUUAUUCUUGAUUAUUUAACAACCUACAAUUUACCAUUUAACAAUUGUGUAGGUCAGGCAUAUGACGGGGCCUCCAACAUGGCCGGUACCUAUCGAGGCUGUCAAGCAUUAAUUAAACAAAAAUGCUCAGAUGCAGAAUAUUAUCAUUGUUCCAAUCAUUGCCUGAAUCUAUCACUGGUUGAUAGUUGCAGCAUUUCAUACAUUCGUAAUAUGGUGGGAACUAUCAAGGAAAUCAUUAAUUUCUUUACAGAUUCACCAAAACGAAUGCAAGCUCUUCGAUCUGAAAUUACGGAUUAUCAAGACGAAUAUAUUUGCCUAACAAAUAAAAAACGUUUACUUAGUUUAUGUGAAACUCGGUGGGUGGACAGGAACACAUCAAUUGAAACAUUUUUAGAAUUAUACAUUCCAAUUGUUAAUACAUUAGACAAAUUUAGACAUGGAAAAUUGAAAAAUCCAGCAGCUGAACAAUUGUUCCAUUCCAUAAAUAAUUUUCAGCAUAUUAUUUCAACUUGUAUUUCAUGUUUUUUAUUAUCGGAUGUUGUUCCAGUUAGUCGUUUACUACAAACUGAAACAUUGGAUUUUUCAUCAGCUAAUCAAUAUGUCGAUGACUUGUUACAUAAAUUUGAACAACGAAAACAUCAGGCUCAAGAUUAUUUUCAUAAUGUUGUUUAUAGUCAUGCUGAAGAACUAUGUAAAGAAUUGUUCAUUACACCAUCUAUACCACGUCAUUCAGUAUUACAUUGUCGAAAACAAAAUGUGCCAAUUUGUAAUCCAGAACAAUUUUAUUGUGAUCACGUUUAUUUACCUUUUUUAGAAGACUUAAUUAACAGUAUUAAGAGUCGAUUAUCUAGUUUAAAAAGUGGUCGAAUUGUUUUAUUGAGUAAGUUGCGACCAGAGUUAAUUGUACAUGAAAACUUGUUGGAUUUAUCAAAACAUUUAUCGAAACAAUUUGCUGAUCGUUUACCAUCACCAUUGCAAUUAAAUUCUGAAUUGGAAAGAUGGCAAAAAAAAUGCAUUGAUUUACUUAAAAUGAAUGAUGGCUGGAGAAAAAAAUGGAUAAAUGAACUGAUUCAAGAAGUGGACAACGUAUUUUAUCCAAAUGUUCGGAUUUUAUUGAUUUUUUUAGCAACAUUACCAGUGUCAACAGCUUCAGCAGAACGAAGUUUUAGCAAGUUAUCAACAAUCAAAACAUAUUACCGUUCAACAAUGAAACAAAACAGGCUAAAUGGAUUGGCAAUGGCAUAUAUACAUAAAGAUAUUCGUAUAGAUGCAGAUGAAGUAUUAAAAAUGUAUUGUCAAAAAUAUACUCGUCGUCUUGAAUUUGGUGUGCAAACAAUGGAAUAA